AUGCAGUCCACUACUGAUCCACGAAGGCCGAAUAAGAUUGUGAGGUUCAAAGCUGCUGAUCCCCAAUCAGCCAAUGCUGUCACGGAUGAUCCUUUGCCAGAAUACAUGAACGUCUUAGGAAUGAUUUUCAGCAUGUGUGGCUUGAUGAUGCGGAUGAAGUGGUGCGCUUGGAUGGCUCUUUUAUGUUCUUGUGUCAGCUUUGCUAACACACGUUCAUCUGAUGAUGCGAAACAAAUCGUUAGUAGCUUCAUGUGA